UAUCCUCCAUAUCCAAGUUCAAACCAAGGCUUUGUGAAUGGCCCUCCUGUGACGUUGACAAGUCCAAACCAAGGCUUUGUGAAUGGCCCUCCUGUGACGUUGACAAGUCCAAACCAAGGCUUUGUGAAGGGCCCUCCUGUGACGUUGACAAGUCCAAACCAAGGCUUUGUGAAUGGCCCUCCUGUGAUGUUGACAAGUCCAAACCAAGGACCUCCCAACAGCAGUUUUUCCUCCAUGUCACCAUGUGGGAGGCAGAGCCAACAGUGUUCACACCCGUAUCCUCCACAACUCACCUCACCAGUCCAGCAGCAACCUCAAUGGGCCCUGCCUCAGCAACACUAUAGUCACAGUGGUGUAAUGUACAAGCCUGGUGCCACCUCACAUCCUGUACAGGAGGGUACCACCAUGCAACCGUCCUGUCCGUCUCUGGGGGACAGUGGGGUGUCCGGCCCCAGCUCACCUAUCUCAGAGUCACGCUAUGGCCUACACCCUCAGCUUCUACCCAGCGCUGUGCGUAUGAUGGAGGAGGACAGGACAGCGUGGGAGGGGAAGGUGUUUGUGUCUGAACCCAUCUCCUCUCUACCUCCGCUGGCUACCACAGACUGUGUCAUGGAGGACAGAGGUAACUGCAGUCCUCGGUUCAUCCUUUCUACCUCCUACUGCGUUCCGUGUGAGGGCCAGACGGCCCUCCAGAGCCACCUACCCCUGGGGGCCCUAGUCAGCCCUCUGGCUAAGCUACACACAGGAGAGCGCCCCCUGUCUGUGUGUAUGGAGGCAGACACUGUAAAGGGCUGUGGGGAGUGUGGGGCUUACAUGUGUUCAGCUAUGGGAUGGCAGGACUGUGGACAGAGAUUCUACUGCCCAUUCUGUGGGAAACUCCGUGAAGUUGGAUGGCAGCAUUACCAGCCAACACAGGGAGUAGAGGGGAACAGAGUGGACAGAGAGCAGAGACCUGAGCUCAGUCUGGGCUCCUAUGAGAUACUGGACAGUCAACAGGAUGUGCCUGCUGCUGUGUUGCUCCUGGCUGUGGAUGUGUCUGCAGCAGCACUGAGAGGAGGACACCUGGAGCUCAUCAGUCAGCAGCUACGUUCUCUACUCACAUCACUAAAUAGGGAGGAAGGUGCGUUCCAAUCAGAUGUCCGUGUGGGGUUGAUGACCUAUGACAGCCGGAUCCACCUCUAUGACCUCAGCCCUGCCCUGUCCCGCCCACACAUGCUGGUCGUCACAGAGACUGAGGACCUGCAGCUUCCUGUGAGGGAGGGGCUUCUGGUUCCACUCAAAGACUGCAUAGACAGUAUCAACAGUGUCCUGCAGCGUAUCCCUCUGUUCAGUGCAGAGUUUGAGGAGGCCAGUGGCGUUCUCCUGGAGCUGCCUGUCAAGGCUGGACUGGUCGUUCUACAGGAGUUGGGUUGUCCUGGCAAGCUGCUGGUCUUCCAAACUGCUCCCUUCACCGAGGGGACACACACACACAACUCCUCUAGCUUCUUCAGCUCCAACAAACCAAAGUCUCUGUUUCAGCCUCCGGACCCUGCUGUCUCAUUGGCUAAGGAGUGUGUCAGUCAGGGCUGUGGCGUGCACCUGUUUGUGUUCUCCCAGCAGGAUGUGGGUGGGGCUUGGCCGGGACAUGUUCCUUACCUGACAGGUGGAGAGCUGCACUGCUACCACGGUCUCCAGGGAGAGCUGGACAGGGAGCGUUUCAGCAGUGACCUGAGGAGGACUGUAGAGACAGAGACGGGCUAUAGAGCCACACUCAGGGUACAUGUCAGUAAAGAUCUGCGCGUGUCAGGGUGUUAUGGCUCGUUCGUCCCCGGGCCCAACCCCGCCCACGUCACCAUGGCAACCCUUGAUUGGCGUACGACACUGGCCGUUGAGUUAACACACAGCAGAGCUCUGGACGAAAAGAGGGGCGUGGUCGUACAGACCGUCCUGUCCUACACCAGCCAGCAGGGAGAGAGGAGGACCAGGGUCCACAGUCUGUCUCUGUGCUGCUCACACCACCUACUGGACACCUUCUGUAACUGCCAGGCCCAGACUCUGCUCACCUUCUACUGCAAGAAGAUGUACUGUGCCGUGUUGGAGCGCCCUCUACAGGAGCUGAGGGAGGAACUGCAGACAGAGGUGACAGAGUCCUUGGCCUGCUAUAGGAAACACUGCAGCUCCUCCUCUGUGUCCCCGGGACAGCUGGUCCUUCCCCAGUACCUGAAGACCCUGCCAGUCUACCUCAACAGCCUGAGGAAGAGUGAAGUUCUGCUUCCCGGCCUCCGCAGUUCAGUACACCAACGCCUGCAGCUCCGCUGUCAAGUGGUCUCCAUGGAUACCAAGACCACAGCAGGACACUUCUACCCUCUGCUGCUACCACUGCCAGUAGGUGGCGAUACCUCCAGUCCUCUCAGCCUAGGGGAGGCUGUUCGCUGCACUGCUGCUAGCCUGGACCAUGGAGGUCUCUACCUGGUCCACGGACCCCUGGUUCUGCUACUCUGGGUGGGCCACAACGUCUCCAACACCUCCCUGGUCCAACUCUUCAACAUCACCUGUCUGUCCACACUACCCUCUGGAGAGACGAAGCUGCCUGUGCUGGACAACCCUCUCUCUGUUAGUGUGAGGUCACUCAUCAACACCCUGAACUCACAGACACACUACACUCGCAAGCUGCGUGUGGUGAAGCAGGGGGACAGCUGUGAGGAGGCUCUACAGCGCCUCCUGGUAGAAGAUAAGAGUCCCAACGGGGGAGCGAGCUACGCUGACUUCCUGUACCACCUCCAUGUCAACUCUAUACAACUGCUGGUUCGUUAGUUGUAAAAUGGUUUGAACUGGAAAACGCAAACGUGGGAUUCUAAUUGGACAAGUCCAGCUAAUCCCUCCCAUGUUUCACUCUGCUUUUCUUCUGUUUGGUGCCUAAUGAACAUGACCCUGGUGUUUUCAGCAGUAUGGCCAGGUUUGUUUUUACAGAUCACCUCAACCACACGUGAAUGAUCAUAUCCUUAUUUGACUUACAGUAUGCAACUGGUUGUUGUACUUGACGUUUAUCAGCAAAAGGUGAUGUCUUAUUUGUUUGACUGUUGUAGUAAUAACUUUUCAAAUCAAAUAACAUUUCAUUGGUCACAUACACAUGGGUAGCAGAUAUUAUUGGUCACAUACACAUGGGUAGCAGAUAUUAUUGGUCACAUACACAUGGGUAGCAGAUAUUAUUGGUC